CUUUCACCUCCUCUCAACCUCGUUACAUUUUUAGCCAUGCCUCUUAAUAAAAAAUCUUCAGGCACCGGAAGUAACUCAUCCUUAUCAUAUGGAGCGGUCGCCAAUCAGAGAUUACUUGCAGUCCAGAAACGCUUAGUCACACCUUCUUCUCCAUCGGUCGGAUCUCCGAGUAGUAAGGAUGUAUUUAUAUCAAGCUCAACUGCAGCUGACGAUGGAGUAGUAAUAACCGAACACGCAAGUGGUAUCUACGAGAUCCUUUUGAAUAGACCGACUAAAUUAAAUUCGAUUACAUUCAGUAUGUGUGAUAUCAUUGCUGAAAACCUGUUGGCGUGGGAAAUGUCUGAAGUGAGCAAGGUUGUUCUUAUCAAAGGCGCUGGUGAGAAGGCAUUCUGUGCGGGUGGCGAUAUUAGAGAUCUAGUGGAUUUAGAGCUAGCUGGUCGUCACGAUGAAUGCAUCGACCUUUUUAAAAAGCAUUGUCGUUUGAAUCAUGUUGUUGGCACUCGACGUAAAACUUGUUUGAUAGCGAUCAUGGAUGGCAUUACAAUGGGCGGAGGAGUCGGCUUAUCCAUCAAUGCUCCAUUCCGGAUCGCUACAGAGAACACAGUGCACGCAAUGCCGGAAUGCUCAAUUGGCCAUUUUCCUGACGCUUCUGCCUCGUUCUGGUAUCCUCGUUUAGACGGAUAUCUUGGGCUUUAUCUUGGGUUGACAGGGCACCGCCUGCGUGGGGUAGACGUGUUUUAUGCCGGUAUCGCUACUCAUUAUGUCUCAUCGAAAAAUUUAAACAAGCUAGAAGAUGCCCUCAAGGAGCUUGUACGUAACAACGGUACAUUGGAGCAGGAUGCCAUCAAUGCAGCUAUAGAGCAGUUCUACGUUGACAUGGACCAGGAGAAAGCACCCAUGUUCUCGCUUGGUGGCGACGUUUACAAAGCAAUCAACAGAUGCUUCCAACAUGACACAAUGGAAGAAAUUGUGGUCGCACUCAAGGAUGAAAAAAUAGCAACAACGUGGGCAAAGGAGACUCUCGAUCAACUCGCUAAUUUGUCGCCGACCUCAUUGAAGCUCUUUUUGCAGCUGUAUCAUGCUGGUGCAAGUCUCUCGUUUACUGACUGCAUGAAACUGGAGUAUCAAUUGACAAACCAAACUCUGGCUGGAAGAGAAUUCAAGGAGGGGGCUCGAACGACUUUGAUCACUCGGACAGCGCCAAAAUGGGAUCCGCCAACUGUGGAAACGGUUAAUGCCAGCGACAUCAAACACACUUACUUUGACACACUUAUGGACAAGCCUCUUACUCUUUUAUGUGAGGGUGGUGACAACAAGGAUUAUCCCUUCGCACGCUUCGCGUUGCCACAAUGCUCAGAAAUAUUAAACAUGGCAGAAAGGAGCAGUGAUCGUGAGAGUACAAUCAUGCAAUUUAUAGAAAAGUAUAACGGCAAGAAGGGCAUCAAAGCCAAAGUUAUUAGUGUUCUGAGUAUAUAGAUAUAUUGAGGUGAUAGCUCUGAUACUGAGCGAAAUAUAUAAAGUGGUUAGAUAUAAUAGAUUCAUGGUAUCAUACCUUAAUCCUUCUAGCAAGCAUGCUAUACACUGUACCUGAGGAAAAGGCAAUCGCACAUAAGACAUGAGCAUGUAAGAUACUGAGAUGUAAAC